CUCCCGGAUCUUCACAGUACGAUGUGACCUUCAAGACAAAAGAUAAGUGUAUCUCGUUUUUAAAUAGAAUACAAAUGCAAUCAUCUGUGUCUCACCAAGGAGUACAAUACAGAUUUGUAAAGUAUGGAAAGCAAAUUGUAUCGUGUAGAAUUCAUUGGCUGCCGGCAUUCGUUAACGACAAGGUCAUAGCUGAUAUUUUUGAAAAAUUUGGAACUGUUAUGUCGGUCGAAUAUGAUUCUUUGAAAAUAGGAGAUUUUAGUACCCACUCUGGGGUGCGUGUGGUCACGGUGGAGUGUGACAGAGUUCAGCAGGAGUCCAUUCCACACAUAAUUCAAUUUGAGUGUGGCACAAGGGCCUUGAUUACCAUGAGGGGACGGCAGCCCCUUUGUCUCUAUUGCCAAGAGGUUGGGCACGUCCGAAACACUUGCCCCCAAAAUAUCAAUGCCAUUUUUAAAGAAAAAGUAAGUGUUUCAGAAAACAACAAGGACAAUACACCAGAGAAAAAGACAGACGGAGAGAAACAGACAGAUGGUGAGAAACGAAAGGAAACAGAAAAGCAUACAGACCAACCAGAACAGAAGAAGAUUGAUGACGAGGGCUUUGAGACGGUGGGGAGUAAGAAGAAAGGAAAGAGCCAGGGAAGAAAGAAAAAUGGAGAGAAUAUACAAGAAAUGGAUGUAGAAACAGAGGUAAGUGGAAAAGCAGGUCUGACCAUCCAUUUGGUAUAUCAUGGGUAAAAAAUGUUAAAUUACUUGGAUAUAAAUUUGGCUAUGAUUUAACUGAUGAUGAUAUGUUCAAUGAAUCUUAUAUUAAUUUCUCAAAUACAUUAAAUUUGUGGUGUAAUAAAUGUAAAUCUUUUAAAGGUAAAAGUUCUGUUUUAAAUACAUAUGUGCUAUCAAAAAUUCUUUAUUUUGUUCAAUGUCAAACAAUUCCGAGUCACUAUAUUAAUAUGAUACAAAAAAGUUGUUUUAAGUUUAUAUGGGGCAGUGUUUACGAACCAAUAGCUCGAAAAACAUUAUUUUUAGACUUCACUUUAGGUGGCCUUCGGGUACCUAAUGUUCAACAAAGAAUUAAUGCAUUUUAUUUAUCACAUUUAUUUAAACUGUUAAAUGAUUAUAAAUCUCCUUGGGUAUAUUUUACAAGGUAUUGGAUAGGUAUGCAACUUAGAAAAUUUAAUCCUUCAUUACAUAGUAACAGUGAACCCCACAGUGAAUUUGUUCCUUCUUUUUAUGUUGAAUGUUUAAGGGUAUUUCGUAAAUUUAUAAAGGAUGUUCAAACUGAAAAUUUUAAACAGUGGUCUGUAAAAGAAAUAUAUACAUUUUUAAUAAAUCCAAAUAAUGAAUAUAUUCCAAAAUGUAAUAAAGAAUUUCCAUUAAUUGAUUUUAAAAAUACAUUUAGAAAUAUAUUUUCCAUGGCAGUUGAUCCUGUGUGUAGGAAUACUUGUUUUAGGUUAGCGCAUUCUGUUGUGUAUGUAAAUAAAUAUUUAUACGAUAAAAAGUUUAACCAUGCAAAAAAGAAAUGUACUUUUUGUAAUUGUGACGAAACUGCCCAACAUUUAUUUAUAGAUUGUUUGUUUACCUCCCCUUUAAACAAAACUGUUUUAUAUUUAAUUGAUAUACUUACGAUUGAAAACAUUAAUAUUAAUCCUAAAUGGUUCCAGUUUUUUGAUGUAAAAAAUGUUGGAAGUAUUGAAUUAAAAUAUGUAUAUUUAAUAUUUUUGUCAGAAUCAAGACAUAUUAUUUGGACAUGUAGGAAUUCCGUCAAACAUGAAAAAAUAUUAUUAUCUCCCUUAGACUUAAUUAUUAAAUUUAUAAAUAGAAUAAAAUAUAGAAUUACAUUAGAUUUUCAUCGCUUAACACAGGAUUUCUUUUAUUUAUAUUGGGGUGGAUUAUGUCACACAACCAAUGAAAAUAUUGUUUUUCAUAGAGAACUUGAUUACCAAAAUUACUUAACAUAUUUAUAA